AUGAAGUCAUGUCGUGCGUGUUCCCUACAUACAAAUGUCCAUAUUUUAUUAACUUUGUUCCUAGUGGUUUCCUGCGAGAUCCUCGAGGCAAAGAAUGUUGGCAUUCGCGAGGCCAUUGAUAAUCUUACUGAGCGCGGCGCAGUUGAUCCGGUGAUCAAGGCUACUGUCGUGCUUUCCGAAUCCAGCUUUGUGUCUGUCGGAGACGCCAUAGUCUAUGGCGAGAUUAAAGAUGAUUCCAUCACUGGUACGUAUCUCCACUUUUUCCUGUUCUUAAUUAUGAAGCUCGACCAGAAACGCCCUUCAUGA